ACUUUUUUGGCUUUUUUUUUUAAAAAUUUUGUUGUGGCAACUUGUAAUUCGAAGUUGUUUGUUUGCUAAUUGAGCUUAAUUUUUAGAUUACUGUUGUUUUCAGUGUGAGCUGUAUGGAAUUUAAGUUUUGAAGAGUUUAGUUGGUCUAGCUGCUGCGAAAAUGGUGGAAAAGAGAGAAAAUUAAGCGGAAAUUGGAGUGUAGUGCUUUUUUUAGGCUGAACUCGGUUAAGUAAAUCAAAAAGGUUUAGACUGAAAAUUGUUUCAGAUUCUUCUGCUUAAAAAUGUUUUUAGGAUAAAAGUUUUCAGAGAAAAUGGAAAAAAAUGAGUAUUUGAUUCUGGCCUUAUUUAUUUAUUAUUAUGUUUUCAGUUUUGUUGGUUGUGGUUGAUGAGAUUGCAAAUUGAGUUGAAUAGUUUAGUUGGGUUAAUUUGGAUUAUGCGUGGAAGCGGUGGAAAGAAACGACAGGUUUGGAAUUUGGAGGUGUGCUUUCUAAUAGCAAUGGAAAAGCCUGUUGUGUUGCAGACUUUUAGAGUUGGAAAUGGUACUGUAAAUUCUAAUGGUGGUGAGGCAGUUCAUGGGUUAGUGAUGGUUGAUGAUGAUGGUAAAGAGAGUGAGAAUCCAGGGAACGAACUUCUUGAGGAUUUGGAUUCAUAUUUGGAAGAUAUCAAUGACCGUUUAACCAUUUCAAGGAUGGUAAGUGAUUCAGUUAUCAAAGGCAUGGUGAGUGCAGUUGAACAGGACGCAGCUGAAAAGAUUGCUGAGAAAGAGCUGGAGUUGGCAAGAUUGAAAGAAACAUUAAGUCUUUACCAUGUGGGUGGUGAUGAAAGUGAAUUGUCUGGGUCUUCAGUAAUGCAGCAUGGGCCAAGAAGUGAAAGACCAUACUCUAGCUUGUCAAAUGGGUCAUUUGAUUCCUAUGGAAUAGUAGAAUCUCUGGGUAGCCUUAAAAUUGUGGCAAAAAAUCAGUUAAGGAACCUUAGAAAAGAAAUUGACUGCAUUAGAGGGAGUUGUUCUAUGAGGAGGAUAGGUUCAGGUUCAGUUUCAGAGAUGGUGGAAUUGGGUGGUAUCCUACAAGACAAUGUAUCUGACAUAAAAUGGAUGGAUGUAGAUAAAAUACUUGAUUCCUUGAGAGCUACAGAUGACAUGAUUUGCAAACAGGUCGAUGACAUGGUUUACUUGUCAAAAACAUCACUCUGUCAAUUGCAGCAGGAGAAGGAGUUUCAAAGAGAGAUUGAAGAUAUGGUAACAAUGAAUUGUAUUCGGGGUCUCAAAGAAGAGUUUGAAGAAAGAUUGUGGGAUCAAAAUGCUCAGGUUUAUGAUAAUGAAAAUUUAAGCUGGUUUGAGAAGAUUAAAGAGAUUUCAAGUUUACGUCAGGAAUUGGAUGUCAUUUCCAAAUCACUAUCUGUUCCGGAAAUUGGACAUAUAUCUUCUCAUGGGUCAACGGAGAUUGGCGAGGAAUGUAGUAACAAUAAAAGGACUGAUCAUUUACAUCGUAAAGUUUCAGGAAAUCAUGUUUCCUUGUCAGCUUCUCUUGGGGAUGGUAAUGGGAAGCACGAUGAGUUUGCUGUGCCAGAGAAUGUGGACUAUGCCCAACUGAAGCACAUGUCAAAAGAAGAAUUGGUUAAUUAUUUUAAGACUGAAAUGACAAAAAUGAAGAGAAACCAUGAACUUGAAGUGCAAGAGAUGACUGAAGAAUAUUUCAGCCUUAAGCGAGAAUACUUAAGAGAAAGAGGGUCUUCUUUUCCAUUUAAGAAGGAUAAAGAGUUUGAUACAUUGAGGAAAAAGAUUCCAGAGGUAGUUUUGAAAUUGGAUGACAUUCUUUUAGAAAACAAGAAGUUGGUUUUAUUUAAUAAGAAUGCUGGGAGUCUUUGCAGUUUAAAGGAUAGAUUGGAAUCCCUUCUUUCAGAAAAUCACCAGUUGAGGGGCUUGAUUACUGAUAAGAAAAGAGAAAUUAAAUGCCUGUCUUCACAAGUUUCUGAUACCGCAGAGAUAAUUUUGCAGCACUCUGUUGCCAAGGCAAACUUGUUAAAGAGAAUUGGAAAUCUUCAGUGUGCUCUUGAAGACGCUUGUUUUGAAGCCUCAAUAACUGAAGAUGUGUAUAAAUGCCUUCUCAAAGGUGUGGUCAACUCUAAUAGCAGUGCCGAGGAAAACUUGGUAAAGAGAAUUGGAAAUCUUCAGUGUGCUCUUGAAGACGCUUGUAUUGAAACUUCAAUUACUGAAGAUGUGUAUAAAUGCCUUCUUAAGGGCAUGGUGAACUAUGAUAGCAGUGUCACAGAACUGUCAGAUAUUGAAUCUAACAGCAUGUAUGAUUUUGAAGAUUUGGCUAUGGAAUCCUUCGUUAUGCUAGAACUGUGUGGAGUAAUAUUCAAAGAAUCCUUAAAGGAGGCUGAAGAGAAACUUCUUGAUUUGAACCUGAAAUAUAUUAAUGAAAAUGAACUUCGAUUUCAUGUUGAAACCGAAGCAUUGCAAAAGGAAGAGGCAUUAAAUUUGGAGGUCACAGAGAAGGAAAGACUAAAGCAAGAAACAUUCUUCCUGUCAUCAUUGAUAGAAGAAAAGGAAAAAUUAGCCCAGGAAGCAGCCGCUGCAUUGGUAAAAGAAAAGGAGCAAUUCGCGUUGGUUUCUCUAGAGUUGAACAAUUUAAGAAAUACAACAAGACAACAGGAAAUGUUAAUUUCUGAAAGAAGUAAAGAAUCUGAUGAAAUAAAAGGUGAAUUGAGCCUAGCAUUGGAACAGAUUGAAGGAUACAAGUUGGAGUUGUAUGACCUAAGACACAAAUUUACAUUGAAAAUGAAUGAGAUAAAAGACAUUGAUGAAGAAAGGAAGAUGCUUAUGUCUGUUAAUCAAGAGUGGCAAAAUUCCAGAUUAUUGGCUGAAGCUGAAGAAAGGGAGCAUAAGCGGCAAAUACAAUUCUUGACCAUUCUUGUUCAGUCUUUAUACACGAGAGUUGCUGAUUUGGAAUGCAGAGUAAUGAAAGAUAUUACAAGAGGCAAUAUGAGAUUGGACAAUUUGAGUUCUCAUUUGAGAGCUCUUAUUCAGAAAGCUAAAGUAAUCAAAAGCAAGGGGUUGAUGUACCAACAGAGGCUUGAAAGGAGGAGUUCUGACCUUCAAAAGGCUGAAGCUGAGGUUGAUCUUCUUGGGGAUGAGGUGGAUGCUCUUUUGAGCCUUCUUGAGAAAAUAUACAUAGCACUUGAUCAUUAUUCUCCAGUAUUGCAACAUUAUCCUGGGAUUGUUGAGAUUCUGAAAUUAGUUAGAAGAGAAUUGGGUGGAGAAUCUACAAAACCAGCUUGAUCUGCUCUUCCAUAAGAUUGAGAUCUCCAUGGUUUCCUUUUUGCCACGCAAAUCCAUUGCAUCGUGAAAACUUCCAAAAGGAAAGAAUAUUUUGCAGAGUUGAGGUGGAAUCGGUAUUACUCAUACAUACACUCUCAGCUCUGGUUUUGUGCAUGAACCCAAAAAGGGAAAAGAUGCUGAAGCAAGAGAGGUUAGAGUUUGUAGCAUUAGAGUUGUUUCUCAUAUUCUUUUGUAAUGGAGCCAAGGAUGCUCCCAGUCUCCUUUGAACCAUAGUUUAUAGUUGUUUGUGAAAUUACACUUUUAGCGUCCCCUGUGUUACUGUAGGUGUAUGUAUAUUAUACGAGUUAUGAACCACAGUCAGCUUCUGUAUUUGGCAGUUUUUUAGUUUUACAUUUGCCCCGGUUUCUUAGUGUUAAUAGUCUUGUAUUAUAAAUCUAUUUACAACAGUUAACGAUAGAAAAUUGUUCUUUUAUUCAACA